UGAAUGUUUGGUUUCCAAUUUGGGAGCUCUCUCUCUCUCUCUCUCUCUCUCUCUCUCGUCCGUUCUAGCAUCAGUUAAAGAUAUUCAUUAAUCAUGGUGUUUAAAGCUUCAAUCAAAAACGUCGAAGCAUGAACUGGUGGUUUAGCUCCUAGUAAACCCUAGUUAAUGCGGAUUUUUAUUCGAAUCAUUAGAAGUGGUAUUUGAUUAAGUGCAACGUCUGCGAGUCUUACGAAUGGUGUAAUUCAGAGGCGAACUGCCUCGUCUCCGUCAAGUUCGUGUCUGCUUGUCCUUCUGAAUAAAAUUUAACAGAGGUAAAAGGAGAACUCUCUGUAGUUAAGGAACGAGAGGCAGAGAAGAUUCCCAGGCUGGUCGGCGUUGCCCUCUCCUUCAUUCAGAGAGAGGGCCUCCCUGCACACCGUCUGCAUUUGCGCUUAUUCCAGAGGAACGGAACAGAGUCCAUUUUCGUCGCAGUUUUUGAGCUUCACAAAUGUUCAUGGACGAUGCGGAUAGUCUAUCAGAGCUCAGGUUGCCGAAGGAAAAACUUCUUGCUGAGCCUGAAUCAGAGUUAGAUGAUGAAGUUAUAGAUUGUCCUCAACAUAUAUUGUACACAGCAUCUUUUGAAGAGCUUGCGAGCAAUAUUAUUCAGUAUGACACUAUAAUAUGGUUCUCCAUAUCAUUGUUGCUGGUUUUAGCUUGGGGGAUUGGCAUCAUUAUGUUGCUGUAUCUGCCAAUCAAGAGAUAUGUUCUUCAAAGGGAUAUCUCUUCAAGGAAGCUAUAUGUCACACCUAGAGAAAUAGUUUACAAGGUUUCUAGGCCUUCUUAUGUACCAUGUUUGGGCAGAACAACAUUUGAGAAGCGUAUACCGCUUACCAUGGUGAUUGAUAUCAUUAUUGAACAAGGUUGGCUACAGUCUGUAUAUGGAAUCCAUACCUUUAGAAUUGAAAGUGUAGCACAUAGAAAAGCUUCACAUGUAGAUGAACUGCAAGUGCAAGGGGUUGAUAAUCCUGAACUUCUGAGGACGGUCAUUGUAACAGAAGCUGCAAAGAUCAUGCAGGAUGUUGGUGGAAGUUGGAAGCUUAGUGCUCUUAUUGGUGAAGAUGAAAGCAUGUCUCAAAUGGGAUCACUGACUGAACGACCAGUUGCCUUAAGAUCACCAUCCAAAAAUUGGAAGAUGACAAGGUCACCGCAUCAUAGAGCCACUGUCUCUGGAGACCUACUGCUGCACAAGCUUGACGAAGUUAGCAGAUCUGUUAAGGAUAAACAUAGAAAGGAAGUCUUUGGGGAUGCAUGAGGAAGUUUGGGCAGUUUAUCUGGAUGUGUAAUGUUGAUUCAUCAAAUAUUACAUGCUUCCAGGUGUAUAAGCAACCUGUAGAGACAUAAAGCAGUGAGAUGCACUUUAAGAAGUAGCGGGUAGGCAGCUGUAGAGACAUGAACCAGUAAUGUGCACUUUAAGAGGUACUUGAAGGAUUCACCCAAGACUUUGGGCAAACCUGGAGACAACUGGGGGACAAGGCCAGAGGAAAAAUCAUUUAUACUUCUUCAAUGUUUUAGUUACUAUAAUUUAAGUAUACUGCAACCACGGAUACAAUUUGAAAAGACUUCA